AUGAGGACAAAUGGAGAAUCAGAGAAGAAAGGAAGAUUUUCUAUUAUUGGUAUUGCUUCAGGAAAUGUUUCUCCUGAUCUUAAGAAAUCAGCAAUUAUCUUCAGAAGAGAUGAAUACGAUUCAAAUGAAAUGAGAGCUGUUUGUGAAUCUAUUUUGAAGAAUACUUCCGAGAUACCUGUUAAUUACUUUGAAAUGAAUAUUGCACGAAACUGCCAAAUGUAUUCUCAAUUGGAAUAUCAUUUCAAAAAUCUAAAGAAUUUGCUUCAAGAAAUCACAUUCAAAGAUCGAAAGAACCAACAAAAUCAGGAAUGGAGCAAAAUAGAUAUUUCAUAUGAACCAGGCGGAUCCACAUUAAAGGUUGGUGAUCUAAUAGUUCAAGUACCCGUCAAAAAUGCCAAUCUUGCUCGAAAUCUCCAAGAAAAACUUGUGACACUGACUCCAAGCGAACAAAAAUUGUUUUAUUGUUUGGCAGCGAAUAAACUCAAGAGAUAUCCAUUGAUUGUUAGGAGGAACAGCAUCAGGAAAGACAUAUACAGUCAAAUUGUUUGCGCAAGCAAUCAACAAGAAAUUAGUUGUUAUUCCUGUCAACGCUGA